GAAGACAUAAGCGACAACGAACUACUAGAAGGAUUAGAGGAUGAUGAGUACAGGGAGAAGCGUAUAAGGGAUAUGCAGAAUGAGAUAAAACGUAGACAAAUAGAAGCUGAAUUCGUUAGUAACGGAGGAUAUAGAGAGUAUACAUCUGAGAGGGAAGUUAUGGACGUUGGAUUAAAGGAAGCAAAAGCAGUCGUUCACUUCUUCCAUCCGAGGUUUAAGCGUUGCGAGAUUAUGGAUAACCAUUUAGAGCUAAUCGCUUAUCAGCAUCCUUCUACGAAAUUUAUAAAAGUGAAUGUUGAGAAUGUACCAUUCUUAGUUGAGAAGUUGAAAAUAAAGGUUCUUCCUUGCGUUAUUAUAUUCAAGCAAGGUGUAGCUAAAGAAAGGUUGAUUGGAUUUGAGGAACUCGGGAAUGAGGACAAUUUUAAUAACAAAAUAUUAGAGUGGAAGUUAUUCCAAAUGGGUGCAAUUUCUAGUGCGAAUGACAAUAAUGAUAGACAGGAGGAAGGAGAGAGCGAUUUUGACGAUUAAUAAAUUUCAUCGAAGGGCCUUGUAUCAUUGUAACAGCUCUCGAAAACCUGAUUAACGACACUUUCUGCUUGUUCUGCUGAUUUACAGUUAAAAUUUGCUUGUAAUGACAAAAUUGCUCUUCUUCGUACGCAUUCUUGUUGGUGUUUAUUAAAGCCGACAUUCCCUCUUGCGAACUCUCUGAAAAAUUUACAAUCACCACUUAGAUUUGCUGCUCUAAUUUCAGAACAAGCGUGAUGUUUCAAAUUGUUCCAAUCAACUUUAAAGCGGUGAUGAUCCCAGCUGUGAAUCAACUCAUGGGACAAAAUGUCUUGCAUUUGAUUAUAACUGAAUAUUUUAUUACUACACAAUAAAAUACCAUUCUGGGGAGAGAAACCACCACCGCGUGUUGCAGAACAAGGUCGGCAAUGUAUUGCGUCGCUUGGAUUAAAAUCAACACCAAUCCUUCGUAAAUGUUCAACUAAGAAUAUUACCAAAGGAGAAGUCUUGAGAAGACUUGACUUGUACUUCUCGCACCUCUCAAAAUCCUUAGCUUCCACCCAAUUUUUGUAUUCUUCUUCCGAUAAACCAAUGCCUGAAAUCAAUUUAAACUUAUUUAACCAUUUUUUAUUGAAAUCAUCCUCGG